CUAGGGUUUGAUGGCGUGGGCGAGGGCGAUUGGCGGCUUAUGCAGGCGCGCGGGCAGCGGCCGCUUAGAUUCUCUUUCCAACCCAGGAUUCCAGCGGAUUUCUAGCUUGUUUGGCCAAAGGGGCUACUGCGCGCCGGUGGCAGCGCCACUGUCAGAUAAUUCGGCGGCACCGGCGCUGGCCUACGAGCUCAAGUCCUCGCUCAAGUCUUCGCCGCGGCACGAUUUGGCGAUGAUCUACACUUGCACGAAGUGUAACACGCGAUCGGCCAAGACGUUUAGCAGGGAAACGUACGACAGUGGGGUGGUGAUUGUCCGGUGUGGGGGAUGUAGCAAUCUCCACCUCAUCGCGGACAGACUUGGGAUGUUUGGGGACAAGGGGAGCAUUGAGGAUUUUCUAGCGGAGAGAGGUGAGAAGGUGAAGAGGGAGUCUGAGGAUACGUAUGAGUUUGCGCUCGAGGAUUUAGUUGGAGCAAAAUCCAGUGAAAAUUCUCGGGACUAGUUUCUAGUCGAUUCUUGCUUAGAAUCAAGUCUACAGUUCAGUUGCCCACUCUCGCAUCCCGGUAGCAUAGCGUUUGACGACACUAUCCUGCAUGCCCACCAGUGUGGUUUGCACGUAACGUCUUGAGCGCCUGUCCAGAAACUUUGGCUUGUCUUUCGGAUUCUUCUUGGCGCAGCGCAACCAGAAGAGUCGCCCAUCCUAUCAAACAGCUCCAAAGCCAGACGAUCCUCCGAUUUCGACGUCAUUCUUCUCCUCCAUCUCGUUCGCGAGCUAGCACUUUGCGUGCAUGUCCUGGUACUCGCUGGAGAGGAGGGACACCACUUACGAGCUUGCCCGAGUUGCAGGAAUACUUUGACAGCUCCUGGUUUCAACACACCGUUGUCUUUUUGUUUGUUGUCAGCAAACUAGGCUGGGAAAUAUCUCAUUCCCAGCUGUUAGAUCAAAGAAUUAAGUAAUUCUUUUUACUUGGCUC